AUGGUCACCUAUCCCAAUGCCCUGCAACCGCCUCCGCCAGGUGUGACACUGCCCGAGCGAUUCAGACCGCUGACCCAAGUGACGGGCGGCAGUGGCAACCCUGGCCCAACUAGUACGGGCGCGUCGACGGGGACGACGGGGUCCACGGCGGCAACGCGCACGAACGGCACAUCGGCAUUAUCAUUAGACCCGACCACGGGCGGCAGCGCCGGCACGCCGGCCAUCACCCCAAUCGAUGUCUCCCUGCCCUCUUCCAACAACACCCUGCUCGUCGACCCCAGCGCGUCAACCUCGAACAGCUCCGCCCUCGGCGCCGCGCCCACUAACGUCGGCAACCACGUCCUGAAUAACCAGGGCGAGGUCGACGGCUCGGCUAUCGGGCUCGGCAAAGCCGACCCACAGAACGCUAACCCUCCAUCCGAUGCCGACGACCAGGGGCUCAGUACUGGUGCUAAAGCCGGCGCCAUCGCUGGUGGACUCGUCACUUUCUUCAUCCUCGUCGCCAUCGCCGUCCUAGCCAAAAAGCUGCAUCGCGCAAAGGCGUCGAAGAGAGGCCCCCGGCAUAGCACGAUGAUCGAGCGCCAGCGAAGCUCUUCGUUGACCGAGCACGGAUCGGACUAUGCCAUCCAUCCGCACGGCCAUUAA